UGUGUAUGUGACGCGAUUGUUGUACAUUGUUAUCACAGAGGGGCGUCAAAGUGUUUCUACCGACGUGUAGAUUGUCUUUUUCUCAAUAUCAAUAAAUAUAAAAACGUGAAAAGUGAGCGUACUUAAAGUUUCGAUAAAACUUAUCUAGUCAAGUAGCUUUAUCGAUUAGAGAAGGUAAAAUUUCCGCGUAUCUGAGAAAUUGAGGUUAUCUUAGCAGCGACUGAUAAUUCGAUCAUAUACAAUCGUAACGUAUGAUGAUUAGCUGAUAGACAUACAUGAAACAAUAAAUUGCCUGUAUUAUCGAGCUUCUGACUAGGGUCGCGGACGACCGAGAAAAUGGCCGCUACGAGUCGCCACCGUCCGGACUGUCAAUUUCGGAACCUUCGGAUCUUAGUAACAAUGAAUAAAACGGAGGAAGAGUACGUCGAGAAGACGUUCGUCUACAAAUUUCCGACAUGCACCACGAAUCAGGAAUACACGCUGGAAGUACCAAUAAAAAUACCGUACCACGGCUCCAUAAAGGAGCUGAUGCACCGUAUAAUGUCGUCGUUCAAGCUACCCUGUUACGUCGAGUCGGACUUAUUAGAAUCCCUGCAGCGUAAUAUGAAAGAGCUUACGCUGCAGUUUCACGACGAGAAGGCGGAAAAGCUUAUCGACGCCGCCACAGCGGGCACGCUGGACUUGGAGGGCAUAAUUAAAAGCUGGGAGAAGAUAUACAAACAAAAGACGGUCGAAUAUUCGGAUCCCAUCGGGACCACCGACGAGGAAUUAUUCGCCGCGGCGUAUCACAGACUGGUGCACUCGCCGUCCUUGGAGCCGAUUUUGCAAGCGGAGCACAAAUUCGGACGGGAUGUCACCGAAGUGAUUCAGAUGAGGGACACCGACUACGAGCAUCUCACGCAAAAACAAACCGACGAGAUGCGCGUCGCCGUAGAGGCUCUCGAGGCGGGAUCUACGGAGAAGUCGAUAAACGACAUGGCAGGCCGUCACUUCGAGGAACAGAGUUUGUUGCAGGGCUACUGGGGUUCCAGGAUCGACGCGUUAAAAUUGGACCAACGGCGGCAAUAUCGAAACUGGAUCAUGAGGCUGUUGGAGGAGCAACAAACCAGCAUGAUACCCACCCCGGUAGGUUCGCCCAUGGUGCCGAUGCCUCCGUUGCGGCCCGCCCUGGACAAGUUCGUCCACAGCGAGGAGAAACACACGACUGACUACCCGCUGCUGGAAGAAAGCUUCACCAUACACCUGGGCUCUCAGAUGAAGCAGAUGCACAACAUUCGCAUACUGACCGGCGACGUGCUCGACUUUUGCCGCACGAAGAACAGCGAGUCCGGGAUGGAUCCGACGCCGCAGAGGCUGCAAACGGCUUUGGGAUUAUAUUCGAACGAUCUGUGCGGACUAGUCCUCUUGAGCGAUAAUCAUCUGGGCAGUUACUCCGGUAUAACAAAAGAAUUAUGCUCGAUCUCGCAACUGACGACGGAAUUCCACUUCCCGCCGAUCGACGAACAGCUGGAGAAGAUUCGGGAGGACGUGAAGGACGCCGUCGCCUGGAGGCAGGCGCAUCACAGAGAAGGAAGCGAAUCUCACACGAAGAAACCCUCGACGAGCAAGAGCCUGCAAACGGGCGACGUUUUUAUCACGAGGCAUUCCAACCUGGCGCAGGUCCACGUGGUGUUCCACAUGGUGGUGACCGAUUCCCUGAGAUCUGGCGAUAUCAACUCGAGGCACCCCGCUAUUUUGGGACUGAGAAACAUUCUGAAGACGGCAUGUUGCAACGACGUGACCACGCUGACAAUACCCGUGUUACUCGUUCACGAAAUGUCAGAGGAUAUGACGGUCGCCUGGUGCACGAAGCGAGCCGAGCUGGUGUUCAAGUGCGUGAAGGGAUUCAUGAUCGAGAUGGCGUCUUGGGGUGGUGCCGAGCUGAAGAAUCUGCAGUUCCUCGUACCGAAAGGAAUGUCAGAGGAGGUGUUCGGCACGUUGGCCACAAUGUUACCCAGCAUAUUCCGUGUGUCGAAUCCGUUGGUUUUCAAGGCCACCAGCACCCCGCAAACCCCGAAGAAGUGAACGACCCUAUCUCGCUCUCACUCUCGUUUUCCUGUUCUUCUCAGCCAUGCGUUAUCGUCCAGCGCACGCUCGAUAUAAUACUACGAGCGAUUUCCCACCGAGUGCGGGCCGAUAGCCGGGCAAGCACUUUUCUCUCAUGGAACCUCCGACGGACGUAAUCGUCCGUUUUGUUUUUCUCUCUGUCCGACCGCAUCUUCGAGGAUUGUUAAUAAAGUGUCUUGAUACGUCCUAA